AUGUCUACAAACAAUGCUCCCCAACCGGUGAAGCUAUCACUACCUCUUGAAUACCAACAACACCUCUUCCAAGAACUCCGUGCCGAAGAUGAACUCGUCGUUAUUGCCAAGGGCCUCGGCCUCAUGCGUCUUAUCACCAACUUACUACAUAGCUACGAUGCCGCCGGAAAUAAUUUGGUAAUAGUGGUAGGCGCUGAAGAGAGGGAAAAUGCUUGGAUUGGAGAAGCUCUUGCCGAGUCCGCUGCUAUCAGCAUGGCUCCCAAGGCGAGGGGUCUGACAGUAGUAAACACGGACUUCACCAGUGUCGGAGCUAGGGAGAAGAUGUAUACAAAAGGCGGAAUAUACAGCAUUACUUCCCGGAUUCUGGUUGUCGAUCUAUUGACAAGCCUUCUGAACCCAGAGACUAUCACCGGUUUAAUUGUUUUGCACGCGGACAAAGUAAUAGCGACUUCUCUUGAGGCUUUCAUUCUCCGAGUAUACCGCCAGAAGAAUAAAACUGGGUUUCUCAAAGCAUUCUCCGAUAAUCCGGAUCCCUUCACUAUUGGUUUUUCUCCACUAGCUACAAUGAUGAGGAACUUAUUCCUCCGAAAAGCUUCUUUGUGGCCUCGAUUCCAUAUGACGGUUGCCAGCUCGCUCGAGGGCAAGAAGAAAGCAGAGGUUAUAGAGUUAGAAGUCCCUAUGACAGAUGCUAUGAGAGAAAUUCAGACGGCCAUCAUGGAAUGCGUUGAGGUCAGCAUCCACGAAUUGAAAAAGGCUAAUACGGGGUUAGAGAUGGACGAUUGGAAUCUUGACAGCGCGUUAUUGAAGAAUUUCGAUGUGAUGGUUCGGCGACAAUUAGAUCCAAAUUGGCACAGAGUCAGCUGGAAAACCAAACAAAUUGUCAGCGAUUUGACAGUUCUCCGCAGUCUUCUACAUUCAGUACUCGCCCUAGAUUGCGUGUCUUUCUUGCAGCAUCUAGAUACCAUUCAUGCUGCUCAUUCUCCACAACCGGGAUCUACGAGGCAAUCUCAGUCUCCAUGGCUAUUCCUCGACGCCGCCCAUACAAUAUUUGAUACCGCCAAGCGGAGGGUAUACGCCAGCAACGCCAAGGCUACUGCGAAAUCUUCAAUAGAGUCACUCCGUCCAGUGCUAGAAGAACAACCCAAGUGGGCUCUUCUUGCGGAAAUUCUAGAAGAGAUUGACAGGGAUCUUUAUUUCGAACCCCCGAUGAGAGAUGAUUCUAAUGGAACUAUCCUCAUCAUGUGUUCUGAUACUGCGACGACCCGCCAACUUCGAGAUUACCUGCAAACAAUGCACGUUGAACCAAAGGUCGAUAGUGACGCGAAGCAGGGUAAGGAAGAGCAUAAACCCUCUGGUUCAUUCAUGAUGAGAAGGAGACUCCGGAAUUAUCUCAAUUGGAAAAGGGAAUUUGCGCAAGUUAGUAACGCCCUUCUCGCCGAAAACCAGAAAGCCCUUGAAGGGGCAGUCGAUCCGCGACUAGCUCAAGGCGGCUACAAAGGAAAGGCGCCAGCAAAUAAAAGACGGCGAGUACGCGGAGGCGGCACCGUCGGUACAGCACCCGGAAGGACAGCCAACGGAAGCGUGGCGCAAUAUUUUGAGAAACCUAACGAAGUUGCCGAGCUCAUGGACGAAAUGCAAAUCACAGAAGAGGAAGCAAAUCAGAAAGUGGACAUCAUAGCUGAUCCUCUAGAAGAUAUGGAUGAUUACUAUGAGCUCUAUGAAAUGCAGGAUUUAGUUGUGGUACAUGCCUACGAGGGCGAUCAAGACGAACAUGUUCUCGAGGAGGUUAAACCUCGUUAUAUCAUCAUGUACGAGCCAGACGCCGCAUUUAUACGCCGAAUAGAAGUCUAUCGGUCUUCGCAUAACGAUAGAAAUGUCCGUGUAUAUUUUAUGUUUUAUGGUGGGUCGGUGGAGGAGCAACGAUAUCUUGCUACCGUCCGACGAGAGAAAGACGCGUUCACUAAGCUCAUAAAAGAGCGCGCUAGUAUGUCCGUCGUUAUGACGGUCGAUUCCCAUGGGGUUGAAGACCCCCAAGAAGCCUUCUUGAGGACAGUUAACACUCGAAUAGCCGGUGGCGGCCGGUUGGCGGCUACGGCACAACCUCCAAGGGUUGUAGUUGAUGUUCGAGAAUUCCGUUCAUCACUCCCAUCUCUCCUUCACGGACGCAACAUGAUCGUCAUACCGUGCAUGUUAACAGUUGGGGACUACGUUCUAUCACCCAAUAUUUGUAUCGAGCGUAAAUCUAUUAGCGAUCUGAUCAGCUCAUUUAAGGAUGGCAGACUUUACACCCAAGCCGAAACGAUGUUCCAGCACUACAAGAACCCAGUGCUGCUAAUCGAAUUCGAUCAGAACAAGUCAUUCACACUUGAACCAUUCGCAGACCUAUCGGGCAACCUCAAGUCGGUCAAUCCCAAUGAGGUGCCUUCGGAUCUACAGUCUAAAAUUGUACUUCUCACGCUCGCAUUCCCAAAGCUAAGAAUUAUUUGGAGCAGUAGCCCUUACCAGACAGCUGAGAUUUUCGAAGGGCUAAAAACACAGCAAGAGGAGCCGGAUCCCGUUGUCGCGGUUCGAGCAGGCCUAGACAAGGAUAUGAAGGCCGAGGACCAAGUAUUUAAUCAGGAACCCCACGAAAUGUUGGGAGUUGUGCCAGGUAUUACGCCAAAGAACUUGAAGAAUCUGACACUAGCGACGGAAAAUAUUCGAGAGGUAGCGAAUAUGAGCCAGGAGGAAUUAGAGCCUCUUAUCGGAAAAGAAGCAACCAGGCAGGUACAUGGAUUUUUUAAUCGAAAUCUAAUAGAUAUAGAUGAUUAA